AUGUUCGCCCACGACCAAUGGCUGGUGUUCCAGUUGCUGGCAGCAAGCCUUUGCAGAGGGCAGCUUACCAUCUUCGCAGCACCGUUGCUGGCGCAACGCUUUGCCAGCGAGGGAGCAGAGGUCGAUCUCAACUUGGGUCAUAUUCGCCUGGCCGGCACAGCGGCUGUACUGGGCUGGCCGCGAUACGGCGACAUCUGCGAAGGACCACUGCGGCUCUUUGACGUCGAGACGAACUGCACACUGAGCCGCACGGUGCCACCUCAGACGACUCCCUGGAUCGCAGUGCUCCGGCUUCGGAGGAAGCAUGGCUGCCCCUCCUUGGCAACAGCGCUUCGGAGGGUCGAGGCUGACACCGGUGAGACCAUCUGUGGCACGGUCGUCCUCGAGGCCGAUGCCGCCUUGCCGGAGCUGCUGCCAGGCGAGGCUCCGGCCAGCUUCGUUCCGGUGCUUCGCCGUCCCGCCGCCUCCGCGGGCUUGGCUGCAGCCUUGGAAGAGGCGGAAGCAGAGGGCCUAGCCGCCAUUCGUGGGGAGCUUCGCUGGGGCCAGCCUCUGCUCGUGGAGUCGCUUCUGAGCAAGUCGCUGCCCAUCGAGUUCUGGCUGAAUCCUGCCUCGGCUGCGGGCCGCCAGCAGCUCCGUGCAGCGGCGGUGGCGCUGCGGCCGCUGAGGCAGCAUCUGACGUGGCAAAUCCACUGGCCAGUCACUUGGAGGUCCAAGAGCUCGGAGAAGGCCACGGAGUUCUGCAUCGCAGGAUCCGAUCUGACCAGCUUUGAUGCAGCAGGCUUCGUCUGCAUGGCCUCCGGCAAGGCCUCCGACUCGGCGGCGGCGCUGCUGCAAGAGGCUGCCCACCUUCGCUGCGUGGAAGACGGCGACUUCGAGAAGGCCAUGCGCUGGGAGUACCUCGAGAGGACUUUCGCGGCCUGUGAAGAUGGCGAUGGAGCUGCAUCUUGCAGUGCGCGGCAGCUCCAGGCGCUGGGCGACAAGCGCUGUGUGCCCAACAACUUCACCGCUUUCGUCUUGUCGGAGGCCAGGAAGCCUCGACCGUGGCCCAUGGGCCUUCGAGGUGACUCGCCAGACUUCGCUGUUCGAAUCGCCGGCUGGGCUUUCGGUGGCAUGCCCGAGGCCGAAGCCAUCUUCGAGGCGGUCUGCGCCGUCCUACGGCUCCCGGGCCCUGCAAAGCCGUCUGCCUGUGGCGAAGUCUGGCACUGGCGUGCGCCCGGAUGGUUCCUGCGUCGAGUACCACUUUGGCCACACAGCUGCUUGUCCUUGCUGCUGAGCUUUCUCCUGCCCUUCUGCUGGCCAGCAUUGAGGAGGACCUUCAGCUGCUGCUGUGCGCGCAGGAGAAGCUGA